GAGGUCCAAUUCCGCUGGAUCCCGGCGCAUGUGGGUGUGCCAGGUAACGAAAUGGCGGAUCAAGCAGCCAAAGAAGCCGCCGGCUUCAACCCUAACGCGGACGCACACGCCGCACCACCGCCGGAGCCGGAGCAUGUACGGACACUCACGGCAACCACGAAAACCAUCAUCCGCUGGGCAAUGAAAUACGAGUGGGAGACGUCCUGGGAUAAGUCUAAGCACGGCAGGGACCUCUACAAGCUU